AUGCCGACAGGACAAGUUUUGGAUAACCAGAGUCGGGCUCCUUGGCGUUUGUCAUCUAUAACAGAUUUCUUCUGGUCAAUAGCAGAUUUUGUGGUUUUGUUUUUCCAGAGCAUUAUUCAACCAGAUUUGAGACGAAGAGGCUACACAUCUUCCUCCUAUUCAGGAUACAGUGACGGAAGAGGGCCUCCAGCACAUCCUCGCCGAAGGAUGGGUCGAAUAAAUCACUGGGGUGGAGGCCCCAGUCCACCACCAAUGGCUGGAGGUGGAUGAGGAAGGUAAGUCUAAACCCUG